AUGUUCACGUCUCGUCAAGUGAGUUUACUCAAUUUGGGUAAAAACAAAAAAUGGUCGAAAAAAUUAAAGUUAAAAAGUUGUGUGCAAGCUGAUGCACAACUGCUUACAAAACUCUGAACUCUCUUAUUUUUUCGUGGUCUCUUCUCCCGCACGAAAUUGUUUUUUACUUUUUCUGUAAAGUUAGUUUUAUAGUUUUAUUAAUGCAUUUUCUUAAUUUUCACGCAAAUCAAAUGCAGUCAACCCGCAAAUCUGAUUUUUUUCUAGUGACCUUUUUAUUAUCACAUUUAAUAUGUUGGUGUUCUUUCAUUAUUUUGAAUGAAUUGAUAUAAUUAUGAGGACUCCAUCUAAUAUUUGUUAAUAAAAAAUCUAUCCAACAAAAAAACAUUGCCACCCAGAAAAAAACACAUUCAAAUGAAAUGGUCAUUUAAUGAGCCGGUAAACGAGACAAUGAUAAAUAAUGGUGGUGCAGAUGGUUAACACGUGUGGUACUUACACAUUCCUUUUUUCUCCAAUCUUUUAUUGUGACUCACUCAUUUCAUUUUAUUCAGAAAAAAAGGACAAAUACCUGAAUAGUUCCAUAAUAUAAUAAUGGACGGGUAGGUAGAUCAAUGUCAUUUCGAUAAUAAUUAUUAUUUCGGUUGAAUUCCAUCAUUUUGUAAUGAUUUUCAUAUUAGUUUCCAUUAUUAUUUCGUUUGACUGCGUCCGCCUUAUUCAUUAUUCUUACCCUAUUUUCACACCUAAUGGAUAUUAUAUUUUAAGGGGUAAUUUGAUAGGUGUGCGAAAAAUCGCACUUGACAUUACUUCAUUUUUGGAUCAUUUUCAUUUUCAUGUUUAUGUGUUUUCCAAAAUAUUUGUAUUUUUCAAAACGCCGAAAAAUGACAAAUUAUCGGUUUUCGGUGAAACAGAUGUUUUAUGAUGAAAAUGUAAAUUAUCUGGGGAAUAAUACAUAUUAGGCGAGGAAGUUUUGUGAUGUGUUCUUUCAAAAAGUGCGCAUCUUCUUUCAGUUUUCAUCUUAUUUUUUUAUUCAUUGAACACACAUUUUUAUCAGAUCGUUAUGAAUAGUAGAACUAACGAGGUAUCUGGUGCCAUGCACUUUUCCCUCUAAAUUUUUCAUGUUUUUUUGGCUGUUUGUGCGUCGAUGAAUUGUUGAUGUGUUUUUCUAUCGUUUUUUUUGCUAGGAUGAACUUUGUAGUAAAUAAGUUUUUUUGUGUUUUGGGUUAGAUUCUUGAAAUUUGUGGAAAAAGUUCUAAGUUUUAGCUUGAAUUUUUCAAAUUGAUGAAGAAUAACACGAUUUUUUAAAUUAUAAGAAAUAUCAGAUUAGAAAUGUUUCAUCUUGUUUCAAAGUGUUGAUUCUUGUUGUUUCAAAGUGUUGAUCAUACAGUAGCUCACAAACUUUCUAACUCUAUAAUCUUUAAUUUUCUUAUUAUUUUCUGUCUCAAAAAAUCUCAAUAAACCCAAAUAUAUUCGUUUUUUUAUUCAUACAUAUCUAAUGAAAAACGCGUUUCUCCGCAUCAUCCAAAACAAAACAAAAAACCAAUCGAAAAACAACAAAAAAUCACCAAAAAUGCCAACAAAAACCCAAAAGUUGUUGUUCCCGUGGGAUUGUUUCAUGUGUUUUUGGUUUAGUGGACACUACCGCUUCUCCUUCUUCUUUUUCUCAUCAAAAACAUUGCAUUUUUGGUUAUAUGCACUUGUUUGUUCACAGAAGAAAAAACGAAGAGGGAGGAAUAGCUUUUGGGGUGGAGUCACCAAUUGGUUUUUUUUUCCAAUUUUUGUCAAGGAUCUUCUCUUUGUUGCUGUUUGUGGGGGUAAAUUUGAUUUUGAAGUGGAGAGUUGGUUUGAGUUUUUUUGAGUUCCUUUCUUUGUGGUCCUUGUUUCGAACUUUCUCAAGUUUUUAGUUCCGUAAUUGAGAAGCCUACUAGGCCAGAAAUAUACGGUCGCUUCGACAUAAUAUGUAUAAGUUCUAUUUAGAGUAUUAUUUUCAUUUGAAUGUGAGCUGAACCACAUCUGAUUUUUUCACAUGUUCAAUAGAAUGAGUUCAGGAAAAAUAUGGAACCUACAAACGAUUUUUUAGAAUUUAUGAAUUUCGUAAAUUCAUUUUUUGCAUUGUUCAUUUUUGUUUAUUUGAAACAAUGUUGUUUUUCGAUUGUUGGGAGUUCACAUUACUUCUCAUUGCGAAAUAUGAAUUGUGUUGUUCAGUACAAAAUUUGACAAACGAUUUUUAGAAAAAUUUCAAAUGGUAAUAUUUUUUUUCGAAUUGUUCAACUUUCCAAAAUUAUUUUUGAAAUUUGAAAAUUUAGCAUUCUGGAAACAUUUGGGAUCAUUAAUUUUCCAAAAACGUUUUGAAGAACCUGUAAUUUCAUAAGCUUCUCCUAAAAGUUCUGAAAGUAUACCACAAAGUUGAAAUUUUGAAUUGAUAUCAUCUGAUUUGUUUCUCAAUUUUGUUUUGUUUUUUGAAAUCUCGUGUGAUAAAAUUCAAGUCACACAAAAAAUUGAAACAAAAGUCGUCAUUUAAAAAAUAUAUGAAACCAGAAAGAAACCAACAUUUUUUUCUGCACAUUUGGAGACUCUAACCUUUUGUCUUUGAUUUAUAUGCAAUAUCCAAUGACAUUUCCCAUUUCCAUUUGCCUCCAAAAAGUUCCUUUUAUUUGUUUUAUGUAUUUUCCAGUAAAGGUCCCUAGGGAUUUUUGUUCUUAAAAUAUCCAAAAAAAUACCUACAAAAAUUCAACACUUAUGUUAAUCAAUCAUUUUAACUUGUUUGUUUUUGUUUUGUUUCCCAUAAGCUUUAGCUGUCUGCAUUCCGUUUUUUUUAGAAUAUUUGUGUUUUUUUGCAUGACUUGGUCCGUUUUAAUUUUCUUGGGCUGUUCUAUCUUAUUUUUGGGGAAUCGAAUGCAAUUAAGUGAAAAAUGGGUAAACAAAUGAGGAAAAAAAUAUAUAUGAGAUUUUUUUUGAAUUAUUUAUAUGAAUCUUUCGCUUAGAACACUUCAAAUCUUUUUGGAUGGAAUAUAUGAAAAGUAUAUUCUGGUAGACGAACAAAAUUCAUAUUUCAAAAAUGUCCCUACAGACUCACAUACUAAUUAAUUUCAAAUUCAUUCGUACUCCUCCCACUAUCUUUCUUUUCUCUUUCGAUUCCUCUAACUAUUUUCUAAGAAAAAAAGUUUUUAUUUUAUUUUUUCAUUCAUUUUUCUUGAACAACAUAUAUAAAGAUGCUAAUAAUUGCUGGAUUUUUUCUAGCUUUUUUUUGAAGAGCUUUGCACUUUUCCAAGAAAAAACUAUAAAAUGUGACAAAUGUUUUCGAACACCUUUGGUUUACGAUAAUGAGGUGUGCAAGUGUUUUUUGUUGCUUUUGCUAAUGUUGUUUUAUGAGCUGUUUGUUGAGACAUUUGAUCUAAGUUCGUGGUUUUCUGAUACCGUAGUUUUGUUUUCUGUGAUAAUUUUUUUUCAAAUUAUUUUCGUAUGACUUACAAAAAUAUUUAGAACAUUUUGGACAUAAUUGUGAGAAAAUUUAUGGCACAAUAUCCAUCAAAAUUGGCUGCACCCGUUCUUUGCGUAUUUCAAAGUUUAUUCUCAAGGAAAUUAAAUUUCUCUAUUUUUUUCUAGUUGUCCAUUCAAAACAUCUAUUCAACAAGAAAUGUUUUUUUCAAAUUUCUCUAGUCAGUCAAAAACCGAGCAAAUCUUCGUCAAAAAUCAAAUAUUCAUCCGAAAUUCAUCUGGUGCCAUAAUUUUCUGAAAAAAAAUGCAUAAAUUAUUCAAGUCUUCAAAUAUAUUUUCAUUAUUCUUUCUCAUAAAUUUUACUGUUUCAGAGAAAAAAUAACUGAUGUAUGUUCAAUUUCAAAAUCUAUCCAUCAUUUUUCUUCUGUUCUUUUUUUCUCAACACAGCCAUUUAUUGCGUUCGUUUUGUUUUUUCUUGUUUUCCGUUGUUGAAAACAAAAAUGUGCAGAUGAAAAAUAUUAAUUUUCCAACGGGUCACUUUAUGACUGUUCCUUUUAUUUUUCCACAAAUUAGUCUCAAGUUUUCAAAGAGGAAAUUUUUUAAUUAUCGACUUUUUUUUCAAUACAUUUUUAAUGUGUUGGUCAAGAAAAAGUUUAUUUAUUUAUUUAUUUUUUGAUCAUUCUGGUAAAAUUUCCAAUUUUUUCUCGUUUUUUUUUCUUUUGGGAGAGAAAGAAAAAGAAGAGAAUUUUAAAUCCCGCCUUUUUCACAAUCUGAUUAUUUAUUUAUCACAUUGUAGUUUUUUUCGAAAAAAAGAUUUCUUUGAAAUAUAUGUAUUUUGGAUCAGAUGUUCUUUAACUCAAUUAUAUUUCAUGAAUAAAUUUUUGGGAAAUAUAGCAUUUUUAUUCUUUCUUGGACUAUGUAGAUCAAAUAGUCAAAACAUAUAUUUUUGCAAAUUGAACAUAUAUUUUUUGUGGAAGUAAUAAACAUCCGGUUCACAUUUUUCUACCUGAAUAAUCUUUCUUAACCUUCAUUCAUUCUGCAAUGGAUUUUGCUGAAAAUAUGUAUUUUCAGAUGGAUUGUGCGGCUAUUUGCCUGCUAACAACGGCUGUCAAAUUUCUACCGUUACCUUCUACGAUUGUGAGUUGUAUUUGUUGAACGAAAAAUGAGGCAAAACUGUAGUUUGAUCUUUUUUAAAGAUUUUUUUUUGUGGGGGAUCACACAAAGAUUCAUUUUUCAAUGUCGUUUAGAAAAGUGAAAUUGAUAAUGAUGUCUUCAAAUGGAAAGAAAAGAGAUUUUAUUGAAAAAUUGGGGGGAAUUGAUUUUGAAAAAAAAACAUGACGGGGUUUUCUUUAAGAUGAACAUGAACAUACAAUUUUUCAGAUAACCAAAAAAAUCUGAACAUUUUUUUAUGUAUAAGAUUUUUUAACGGUCCAUUGUUAGGAAGAAUAUUUGUAUAAUUUUUGAAAUAAAAAAAACAAUUCAGAAUAUUCGAAAUUAAUAUUUUCCACCUAAUGAAAUUUAUUCCAGAACUGCACAUACUGCGUAGAAGCUCGCUCAACCUACGAACAUUGUUUCAAAGAUGUCAUCGAUUGCGCUUACAGAGAUCCAGCAUCUCUAAUUUUCUGUCUGAAUGUCUUUGAAAAAAAUCAGUAAUUCAUUUUUUUUUGCAUUUUCAAAUUAUCUGAAAUAAAAACUUUAAUUUUUCAGAGGUGAUCCAGCAAUAAUUCAACAUACAAUUCGAUGCAUAUCUUAUGGUGAUUAUUAUUUGGAUAACGAGUCUAUACGAACGGUAGUAUUUUAAUUUUCUUCAUAAUAGAAGAAUCGUAAAUGGAACGGUCAUUUUUGCAGAUGAGUGCUGGUGGUUCUUGUUCCUUUGAGCAUGUUCAAAAAUGUGAAUGUGAUGUGUGUUUAUCACCGACGACGACAACUACAACGAUGCUCCCAACAACGCCGUAUUCACAAACCCAUAGAAAGUAAGUGGUAUAGGAAUUUGUAAACCAAAUUUUUCAGAUGUAUUUUUUCUCACAUCUGAAUAUUUUUAAUUAAAAUUAUGUUUAUUUUCAAGAAUGAGUUUGAAAUUUGUGUAGAAUUCAUCAGAAAUUCGUAGAAAUUUUGAAAAUAAUAAGUUUGUUGAAUACGUUUUGUUUUUAAUAUAUUAUCAAUCAACAAAUCUCCAGACACCAAAAUAUAUUCCAAUUUUUACAGACACCAUCAUCAUCACAAUCACCAUCACAACGACGACGGCAGUUCACCGUCUCACCACAAACAUGAUCAACUGGUUUACCCUAAUAAUUCAUUAGCACAACAAUACAAGGACAGCGGUUACUAUUAUACCGCUUUUUCACCAUCACACCAAUAUUUAUUAGCUUUCUGUUUCUCAAUCAUCCUCAAUUUUCUUAUUUUAUGA